AUGACCAAGAUCCUAGAAGGCAGCACAGAAGCAAAGUCUGUUGGGGCCCAGUGGAGGGGUGCUGACGAGCUGAGGCUGGCGGAUGGAGGCAGCCCCUGUGCCGGGAGAGUGGAGGUUAAACACCAGGACCAGUGGGGGACAGUUUGUGAUGAUAACUGGGACAUUAAAGACGCUGGGGUGGUUUGCAGGCAGCUGGGAUGUGGAGCUGCCGUCAGCGCCCCUGGCAGAGCUCAGUUUGGACAAGGAUCUGGACAAAUUUGGCUGGCUAAUGUUCCCUGUCAUGCCUGGGGUGUGAAUUACUGUUAUCAUGGAGAGGAUGCUGGAGUGACGUGUUCAGGACAUGUGAAGCCCCGGCUGGUUGGAGGGGACACUGCCUGCUCAGGACGUGUGGAGAUAAUACAUGGAGACACGUGGGCUACAGUCUGUGAUGCGCACUUUGAUCUCAAAGUUGCCGACGUCAUCUGUACUGAACUGCAGUGUGGAAUAGCUGCAUCGGUCCUCGGAGGCGCUCACUUUGGCGAAGGACAAGGGCUGGUCUGGACUGAAGACUUCCACUGUGUGGUGAAUGAGUCUCUCCUGUUUUCCUGCCCCAGUAUCUCUCGAGUGAAUCAGACGUGCUCACAUGCAAACGAUGCUGGUGUCACGUGCUCACGGUUCCGGCUGGUGAACGGCAGCACAGCCUGCUCCGGGAGGGUGGAGAUCCAGGUGCGUGGUGCCUGGGGAACCCUCUGUGACUCGCGCUGGGAUCUCUCAGACGCCAACGUUCUCUGUCGUCAGCUCGACUGUGGAUUCGCUGUGUUGGUGCCAGGAGGAGGGCACUUUGGGAAGGGAACCGGCCCUGUCUGGGCAGACACAUUUCACUGUGAAGGGACUGAGCCCCAUUUGGGGCAUUGCCCUGUCACUGCCCUGGGGGCCUCUCUGUGCUCACAUGACAAUGAUGCCAGUGUGGUUUGCUCAGGCCCAGGUCUCUCUGGGGCGCUGCGGCUGCUGAGUGGAGAGAGCCGGUGCGAUGGCAGAGUGGAGAUUUCCCUCCGAGGUGUGUGGAGCCGGGUGCUGGAUGACCAGUGGGACAUGAACGAUGCCAGCGUGGUCUGCAGGCAGCUCCAGUGCGGAGCAGCUGAGAGAGCUUAUAACCCCCCUUCGUCUGAGCGAGGGAUGGGCCCUGUGGGGAUGAGAAGGGUCCAGUGUGCAGGGAACGAGACUCGUCUGACCAGCUGUGACAACUCCCCGUCUGAGCCGGCCCAGGCAGGAAUUGCCGAGGACGUCGGUGUCGUUUGCUCGGGGAGCAGGCGGAUCAGGCUGGCGAAUGGGCCGGGUCGCUGUGCCGGGAGAGUGGAGAUUUAUUACAAUGGCACCUGGGGGACAGUCUGUGACGAUUCCUGGGACCUGCCGGACGCCGAUGUCGUUUGCAAACAGCUGGGAUGUGGACACGCCCUCAAUGCAACUGUCUCUGCUCAUUACGGGCAAGGGUCCGGGCAGAUCUGGCUGGACGAUGUGAAGUGCUCUGGGAACGAAUCCGAUCUCUGGGCCUGUCCUUUCGCACCCUGGGGCCAGCACAACUGCAGACACAAGGAGGACGCGGGAGUUCUCUGCUCAGAGUUCACAGACCUGCGGCUGGUGAGUGGCAGUGACUGUGCCGGGCGGCUGGAGGUUUUCUACAAUGGGACGUGGGGCAGCGUUUGCUCCAAUCAAAUGUCUACAGUUACUGCAUCAAUCAUCUGCAAGCAGCUGAACUGUGGGGACGGAGGGUAUACAGAGACAGACCCUGAGUAUGGAGAAGGUUCUGGUCCCACAUGGCUGGACCAUGUUACAUGCCGUGAGCAGCACAGCUCCCUUUGGCAGUGCCCCUCCCGCCCGUGGGAACAGCAGUCGUGUGAUAACCGUGCGGAAGAGACCCACAUCUCUUGCACUGACCGGGACAAGCUGCGCCUCGUGGGAGGAGAGGGCAAUUGCUCGGGCCGAGUGGAGGUUUGGUACCGUGGCUCCUGGGGCACAGUCUGUGAUGACUCCUGGGACUUGGCGGACGCUAACGUGACGUGUAAACAACUGGGCUGUGGAGCGGCCGUGUCUGCCCUGGGCGAGGCUGCAUUCGGCGAGGGGACUGGUCCCAUCUGGGUGGAGAUGCUGGAUUGCAGAGGGACAGAGUCAUCCCUCUGGGACUGUCCUGCCAAGCCCUGGGGUGACAGCCCCUGUGGCCAUAAGGAAGAUGCUGCCGUGAAUUGCUCAGGUGAGUGGCAGCCGACGUCUCUGUGACAUGCUGUGAGGUUCAGGGAGGAGGAUGGACCCAACUGCCCCCCUUGCUCAUGGAUUGACCCCUCCCAUCUCCUGUGCGCUGGAGCAUCAUGGCUGCCGUGGGCAGAACCUUUGUGGGUCGGGCUGGCUCAGGCAUCGGCCCAGGGAGCUGCAGGCUCCAUCACAGGCCCCAGGGUGCAAGUGCUGGUUUCUUACCAGUGUCUCAGCACAGGAGCACCUGGGCCCUAACUCCCCGGCGUGCAGGCGCCGCGCUGCUGGGGGCGUUUGUGGGAAAGAGAACAGGUGAUGUCUGGACACCCCGGGGACUUGCUCCCCCAGGCAACAAGCACAUUCCCCUCC